AUGUGUCGCGAUCGCAGAAGCUCUCCACAAGCCAUCUUCGACCCCAAACAAUGCCCCUUUACCAUUCGCCAGCUGAACAAAACCACCUGGCUCGUCCGCGAAAAUGACCAAUAUUCCGAACACCCACACAUCUACAUUAAAAAAUACACGAACGACUCGUCCUCCGUCCUAAUCAUCACCGACACGGGCGUAGGAACCAGUACCCCCCGCCCCUCUCCCCACGAAAAUUGGACGCUCGCAUCUUUCAUCCAACACCACUUCAACCCCACACUCUCCAUCCCUUACCUCGUAGUUCUCUCGCACUGCCACUACGACCACAUCCUCGGCCUGUCAUCUCUCCUUUCCUCCCCCGCGCACGUGACGAUUUGUGCGUCGGGCCAGGACCCGGGCUUUAUCACGCCGUACGAAAAUCUGCAAGAACACAGCCUGUGCGCAGACUUGGGUUUGCACGCGCCUCAAUAUGAAAUCGACAUCUGGGCCGGCAACGGCCAGGGCGUGAAAUAUACGCAUCCUGAUGGAGGGGAAUUGGAGUUGCCGAUACUAACUUUCCACACACCGGGUCAUACGCCGGAUAGUCUGACGUGGAUGGAUACGCAGGAGAGGGUUUUAUACGUCGGUGAUUCAUUCUACACUGCAACGAGCCCUGAUUCGCAUCCGGACGAGCCUGCGCUCAUCCUCUUCCCCAAUGAAGGGCGAUUUAACCGCGUGGUGGAACAGCGUUAA